AUGACCACCCUUCCAACAACAGAGAAGCAUUUGGCUUCCAAGGCCAUUCAUCCGGCCUUCUUCAUCGCGAGCUGGAUCUUCUUCUCAAAUCUUACUAUCCUCUUCAACAAGUGGUUGCUUGACACUGCAGGCUUCAAAUACCCCGUCAUCCUGACAUUUUGGCACCUGGUCUUUUCCACCAUCGCAACUCAGGUGCUGGCGCGCACCACCAGCCUGCUCGAUGGCCGCCAUAAAGUGAAGAUGACCGGCCGCAUCUACCUGCGAGCCAUCGUCCCCAUCGGUCUGCUGUACUCCGGCUCCCUCGUCUGCUCCAACCUGGUUUACCUCUACCUUUCCGUCCCCUUCAUCCAGAUGCUGAAGGCCGGCGCCCCCGUCGCCGUCCUCAUCAUCAGCUGGAUCUGGGGUGUUGCUGAGCCUUCCAUGAAGGUCUUCUACAACGUCAUGCUCAUUGUCGCCGGUGUCGCCCUUGCCUCCUUCGGCGAGAUUGAGUUCUCUUGGAUCGGCUUCAUCUUCCAAAUGGGCGGCAUCGUCUUCGAGGGCAUCCGCCUCGUCAUGAUCCAGGUCUUGCUCACGGGUGAAGAGAGCAAGAUGGACCCCCUCGUCAGUCUGUACUACUACGCCCCGGUCUGCGCUGUUAUGAACUUCUUCGUCGCCUGGGCCAGUGAGUUCAGCACGUUCAAGCUGGAAGACCUCCAACAGACAGGUAUCUCAGUGCUGCUGCUCAAUGCCGGUGUCGCCUUCAUGCUCAACGUUUCCAGCGUUUUCUUGAUCGGCAAGACAUCCGGCCUGGUCAUGACCCUCACCGGCAUCCUCAAGAACGUCCUCCUCGUCAUCGCUUCCGUGCUCAUCUGGCACACUAGCGUCACCUUCAUGCAGGUCAUCGGCUACUCCAUCGCCCUCUUCGGCCUCGUCAUCUACUCAACCGGCUGGGAGCAGAUCAAGACGUCCGCACAGAACGGCGUCGCCAAGGUCCGCGGCGCCUGGAACUCGGGAGCCCUCGAUGAGGGCCGUCUCUCACCGCUCGUCCGCCGCGCCAUCUUCUUUGGCCUGCUCGUCCUCAUCACCCUCAUGCUCGUUGUCGGAUUGGCCUACAACGGCAAGGCCGCGCCGUCGGACUGGCUGCCAACCGUCGGCUCCUCGAGCCGCUAA